AAAUAUAAGUUUUGUUGUUUUACAAUUAUGUGAAUGAAUAUUAAUAUGGAAGACUUACGCUCUGAACUUGAAGGUUUAAGUGCCGACCAGCUUCACGAUUUAAGAGAUACAAUAGACGAGGAAUUGGAAUGUUUGGAGCAAUACUCAGACUGUUGGAAUGAAUUUAACGCUAAAUAUAAGAUCUCUUUGGACAGUUUAGAAAUGCUUAGAAAAAUCAACGCUAACGACAAUACAACUUUAUUCAAACUAGGAAAUCGCGUGUUUACGCAUGGUAAAUUAAUCAAAUCAAAAAAUCUUUUGGUUUACUUAGGAGAUGGAUAUUACGCUAAGAUGAGCUUGAAAAAUGCUAAAACAUUCUUCGAGAGGAAGACUGAAAGUCUUUUAAAGGAUUUCAAAGAAUAUGAAGAAGGCUAUAAUGAUAAACAGUACAUAUAUAAGUUACUUCAAGAGGCUUUAGCAAAUAAGAUCAGAGAAAAAAUGGAUAACUUUUUGGAUGAAUCACAAAAUCAGCUACUGAACUCACCAAAUCAAAAUCCCGCAAACACUGAAUAAAAUAGUAUUUAUUCCUAUACCUUACAAAAAUAGAUAUUUUUUUGUCUAAUAGCCUAAAAUAUAUUUUGAUUAAUUUAUGAAACUAUUGUACAAAACAGCAUAAAAGGG